AUUGCAUUGUGAGAGCAAUUCUCAGCUCUGGUUGGUUUGCUAAGAAAUAGAUAGAUAUAUAUUAUUAUAUAUAUAUGUAAUAUGGAUUGCGUUGGCAGGUUGUUCAGAGCAAUCCAUGGCUAGAUAGCGGCUUGGAGAAUAACCCAUCAUCAUCUUCACGAGAUUGUGCUUUUGCCCCCCAAUGAAUGAUGUCUUUCUGUAUGUACAUGUCACUGCCACCUGUUCAUUAACAAGCUGUAUGUGUUUAGUUUGUGUCCAGAGCUAGGGGAUUCUAUUCUAUAUUAUGACCGACCCUUUGCGGUUCUCUUUUGGACUGUCUUGGUUGUUUCUUUCAAAGGUGCAAAGUGGUCACUUUUUGAAACAACUUAUAUCAGAUAAAACAAAAAGAGGGGCAUCGGACUAGUCUUCUGGGGUUUCCUUCUUGUUUUUCUUUCUUGGAGUUUUCUUCUUUCUCAGGCAUGAUGUUUCCUCCAACUAUGUCCAAUUCCACUUCUUUGUCUGAUGAAGCUAGUGUUUGUUCUGGCUUAAAUCCUAUUGUUUCAACCCUUUCUCCUCAGCAGCUGCCUCAAAAAAUUAAGAAGAAGAGAGGCCUACCUGGGAACCCCGACCCAGAUGCUGAAGUGAUUGCUUUAUCUCCAAAGACGCUAUUGGCUACCAACAGAUUCAUAUGUGAGAUCUGUAACAAAGGUUUCCAGAGAGAUCAGAACCUCCAGCUUCACAGAAGAGGCCAUAACCUUCCAUGGAAGCUGAAGCAAAGGAACAUCAAAGAUGUAAAAAAGAAAGCCUAUGUUUGUCCUGAGCCAACAUGCGUCCACCACCAUCCUUCGAGGGCUUUAGGUGAUCUUACUGGCAUCAAGAAACACUUUUGCAGAAAACACGGUGAGAAGAAAUGGAAGUGUGAGAAAUGUUCAAAGAUCUAUGCUGUUCAAUCAGAUUGUAAGGCUCAUUCUAAGACCUGUGGAACCAGAGAAUAUAGAUGUGAUUGUGGAACCCUUUUCUCAAGGAAGGAUAGCUUCAUUACUCACAGAGCGUUUUGCGAUGCAUUGGCUGAGGAAAGUGCUAGGCUCUCGGUCAACCAACUUGCCGCCGCCGGCGGCACAAAUCCAACUCCCAACCCAUCUUUCCCUUUCCAGAACCCUAUUUCUCUUAACCCAUGGGACCCUACUCAAACCUCUAACCCUAACCCUAAUAACCGACUUGAUGUCAAGCCGGAGUCUCAACAUUUCGCGCCAUACUUCCAAGAACCGCCGCCUCCUCCAAAGGUCCUGAUCACGUCUCCCCUCCAAACCCUCCGUGUGAGCAACAAUCCUCCCUCCAAUGCUGCCAUGUCAGCCACUGCACUCCUUCAAAAGGCGACCACCCUUGGUGCAUGCACCGCCACGCAGAUAAAUAACAACAACAAUUAUCAUUACGGCAUGGCGAGUCAUGUAUCGCCGGAUUUCUCGGGUUUCACGGCAGCAGACUUGGCCACGUGGCAAAAGAACAGCGACUGUUUCACCAGGGACUUUCUUGGUUUGACUAGAGACCAUCACCAGCAGGAGCAUCAUGGUGGUGGGCCUGGUGGCAAUUCCAAUGGGAAUGUUAACUUUAGCAUAAACGCGAGAGAUGUGUUAACGUGCACUGUCGGAGUGGAGUUGCAGCACUUUGAGACAGGCCAUCCGCUGUUGAAACCCCAAGGUUUUGGAUUCGCCGAGCCCUACUCCCCAGCCUCGGAAGCCUGGGGUGGUUGUUGACAAAAAUGGGAAAAUAAUAAUUUUGUGAUAUCCCUUUCAGAAUGAAAACAACGCCCUUAUCUGGUGUAAUGUUUGCUAAGUA